AUGGAAAAGCGAAGAGAUUGCAAACUCCCAGAGAUCAUUCCACCUUUGAUACUUGGCGGAGGUGGCUUCAACUACCAGGUCAACGCGAAUCCCCGGAGUCUGCCCAUUCGAUCCAUCAUCAAGUCAGCCUUUGAGCUAGGGUUUCGCGCUUUUGAUACAUCUCCAUAUUACGGCCCGUCGGAGGAACUCAUUGGAGAUGCACUCUCGCAACCCGCCGUCACUGAAAAAUACCCUCGCGAAGAGUAUAUUCUGAUGACGAAAGUCGGGCGAAUCAGUGCAGAGGAGUUCAAUUACUCGCCGACUUGGGUUGAGUAUUCAGUGCGGAGGUCUCUACAGAGAUUGCAGACUUCCUACCUGGAUAUUGUUUUCUGUCACGAUGUGGAGUUCGUUACCGAGAACGACGUCAUGGGUGCUCUGGGAGUACUUUACAGAUUAGUCGCGCAAGGACUGAUUCGAUACGUGGGCAUUUCGGGAUACAGACUUGAUGUUCUUGUCAAGCUAUCUAGAUCAGCUCGCGAACUGUACGGUCGUCCAUUGGAUAUAGUUCAGAGUUGGGCACAGUUAACCCUGCAAAAUACUCGUUUGCUAUCAGAUGAUGAAGGUCUACAAGCUCUACUGAAUGAGGGUGUAUCCUGCGUCUGUAACUCCAGUCCCUUGGCGAUCGGUCUCCUUCGCUCGGGUGGUGUACCGCAGGGCUCACUUGGAGACUUUCAUCCUGCCCCAGCCGAGCUUCGAUAUCUGGCGCAGCAGGCGGCGGAAUGGGUGGAGGCUCAUGGCGAGAGCCUCUCCGCGCUGUCGAUGCGUUUCUCGAUCUCACAAGCACUGCUUGCGUCGUCUGAGAGCUUUCGGGUAAGCACCAUCACUGGAGUCAGCUCAGAGUUAGAGCUCACAGAAAAUGUUGCAGCAGCCAGACAGGUGUUUGGACACAAAGUCUCGAAGCUGAAUUCUACGUUCGAGAGAUCUGGAUCUCCAUUUACCUUUUUAUUGCCCCAAAGCCUUCAACUCAAGCUAGAUCAGCCUCUAUAUGAGGGCGUACAAAAGAUCCUUCAUCAGUGGUUGGGAUACUCUUUUUAG